AUGUACGGUGCUAGUCAAGGAUCUACAUCAAGGCAAAGACCACAAGAAAACAUCGCUCAAUCCGCCGGCUUACCGGGCUUAUCUUCAGCCGACUGGGGCGGCCUGUUCAACCUCUCAAUUCCGGUCGAAUUCUAA